AUGGCUGCAGUCGAUGGUGUCGAUGCAGACGGAGACGUCCACGCGUAUCUGGGGACGCUGGAGGCUGUGGACCACCGGCAGCUCUUCAUCCACCCGGACGGUAAAGUUUUGUUCCCAGGCGAUGACCUGCCGCUUCGCAUGCUGUCGGACUCGACGCUCGGCGGCAUCUGCGACUUGCUGUCGACGGAGGGCGUGCUGCUGGCUGUGCUGCCUCCACACCAGACCGGGACGCAGUUUGGCUCGACGGUGCGCAUCGAGAGGUUCAGCGUGGAGGACCGCAGCGCCCGGAUGACGGGCAAAGCGAGGCAGCGCUUCCGUCUGAAGCAGCGACUGCGGGCGGAGCCGACCGCCUCGAUCCUGUGGGGGGAGGUGGAGAUCCUACCGCAGGACCGAGCGCAGCCGAUUCCGUUUGAUACUUUGAGCUGGCAUCGCGAGGACCAGCAGGACGAUCAGGCGGAGCAAAGCAGCCAGCAACGCAAGAAGCGAAGUCUGCGCAGACUGCGGGGGCGACAGUUUCCGGCGUUUUGGGGCCGCAACACCUUUGCGUUGUACGAUGCGAGUGUGUUGUUAUUGAGUAUGAACUCCACUGUGCGAAUUCUGCGACGUGAGAUUGAGCUCCUUCAACAAGUCGAGGAGGAUAUCUUCUGCUCCACGUGCGGCUCUUUCCUUGCGAACACUCGCGAGAUUUUCAGUAUGACGGCGCGUGGUGCAGCUGGAGGCACUUUCGUCAAUCCUGGUGGCCACGUCUUCCAGGUGCUGACACUGCGCGAGGUGGACCGUGCGCAUGUGUUUGUUGAUAUGUACCGGAGCACGCAGGAUACCUGGUUUGCAGGUUACGCUUGGAGUAUUACGCAUUGUGACUCGUGCUACCAGCACCUUGGAUGGCGCUUCGACCGUGUGGAUUCAACACGCCUACCGACAACGUUCUUCGGCUUCAGGCGAGCAGCUCUCACGCGAUCCCGGGAGUCUCGGCGAGUAGAUCCUCGAUCGCUGGGCUUAGACGGAUACGACACCGACGACUACGGGGAGUCGGUGGCAUCCAGUGAGGGUGACUCGAGCGCGAAUAGCGAAGAGAUGCCAUUGCUGAUCAGUGCCGAGUAG